UGACAACAGUGUAGCCUAUCAUUGCCGCGAUGUUUAGGAUCCGCCCUGUAGGCUACAUUAAUUUCCUAUUGUUUCAUCGCUUGAUACACUUUAUAACGCAUCCAAAUAAUCACAUUUAGCUCAUUUUACUAUGUUCUGAUCAUUAUGUGUGAGAACUUUUCCCUAAUUCGCCCUAGCUGCUUGUUUGGGCGGAACAAUUGGUUUUAAAAUCACCGACAGACAGGCUGAAAACGUUAUUCCAGCUAUCUAUCUUGCAAACUAAGUGAGUUAUAGCGUGUUCUAGCACCGUUCCUGAGUGUGAUUUAUAUGUCAAAUUAUAUUCUUCAUCGAUGAAGAAAUUCAUAAUUCUUAUUCGUGGGAGUCGUUUUAUAAACUAUCUUUCGCUAUGUCGUUACAAGCUGUGCAUGAUAAUAUACUUGAUUGUGGUGGUUUUCUUCAUUAUAUCUCGCUUUCCGAAUCUUCCAAGUAGAGUCGUAUAUACUUAUCCGGAUGAACUUAUCGAUCGAGAGCUUUGCAGUCUUCCAGGGAGUGAAGGUAUUUUUGUAAUGAUUAAUCCAUUAUUCAAUAGUUUGUUGCCCCAAGAAAGAUAACCUCGAUCUAACCCAAUACAACUCCGUUUCUCCCACUGACUUUUUGAACAUAGUAAAUACCACCCAGCAUGUUUGCGAUGGUAGUUGGAAACCAAAAUGUUUGUCUUCACAAAAAAUAGCUGUCAUUAUACCUUAUAGGGAACGAGAAAAUCACCUGAAAUUGCUAUUACCGAGACUACAUGCCCUACUGUUACGACAAAAUAUGCCGUAUUAUGUUUUCUUGAUCGAGCAGGCUGGAACUGCUCCUUUCAAUCGUGGACUAUUACUUAAUGUUGGAGUUCUACAUGCUUUGGAUAUUGAUUCAAGUAUCAACUGCUUUGUCUUUCAUGAUGUUGAUCUUUUACCUGAGAAAAGUGAAAACUUUUAUAUCUGUGAUACAGAAUUAAGACAUUUAUCACCAGCCAUCGAUGAAUUUCGAUAUCAUCCACCGUUUAUAAACUAUGCAGGUGGUGUUGCUGCCAUGUCAAAGAAAAAUAUAUUCAAGAUAAACGGCUUCCCAACACGUCAUUGGGGUUGGGGAAGUGAAGAUGAUGAAUUUUCUGCACGUGGUCUAAUUUUCAAUUUAAAAUUAACCCGACCGCCUGGAUAUAUUGGACAAUAUAAAGCACCAAGACAUAAGAAAGGUUCAUUAUCACUUGGACAUCAAAGUGCAUUUUUAGAAUUUCGUAAUUAUUUACAUGAUGGUUUAUCCAUUUUAACAAAUGGUUUUUAUCAAAAAUGGAAAUUAGAAUCAUUAAAUAGAAGAACACAAAAAUUUUCUUUAAGCAAUAAGGAAAAAUUUAAAAUUCCCUCUUUUCUAAGUCAAUGUACGCGCCAAACUAUCUUAUCACAAUUAAAUAUUGACAGUAAUUCCAUUGAAAUUGUUCACAAUCUCAGUGGAAUUUCCCCGGAUAAUAUUCAAUUAUUAAAUCAUUUUUCACGUGAUCAACUCUUUAUUCAUUUUAUAUUUGAUCCAAUUGAUUUAUAUAAUCAAGGUAAAUUUUUCAUAAAACCUCAAGGUAAUCAUUCUAGUGAAUCGUUAUGGUGGUUUCUUCAUUUUUACGGAUGGAUUUAAUUUUUUCUGCUAUUUUGGGUUUGUAUCAUUUUUACUUGUAACUUAAUUCAUUACACUGCAUUUUGAUAAGUUCCCUGCAUAUAUAUUUUUUUUAAUAAAAAGAAGUGAUAUGUAGAAGAAUAGUAAGUUUAUUUAUUAUACUUUCUGUACAGAAUCUUCACUGUUGUUUCUCUAUCUUGUUUUUUUACGUGAUUUUCGCAAAUCUCUUUAAAUAUAUAUCAUCUUUCUGUGUAUAAUUACUACUAAAUUCUAAUUUGUAGUAAUCCGAUGAUGUUGUCUAGAGAACAAUCCCUGUUUGUAUUGAAUCAAUAAUAAAUAAAUAAAAAAGUAAAAUGUUCA